AGCAGUCCAAACAGCUGCAACAGUGUCGGCUUGUAGCCAGCCGAACACGCCCAUAGAAUAAACAAAGCAUACGGAAGAGAAUGAAAGGCGGCAUGUCCUUGUAGUUGUUGCCGGCGUCAAACAAUGCAGAGCGCACACUGUUGGAUGUUAGGAUUUUGUUUGGGACCUGUCCCUUUUUAAAAUUAGGGGCGCAAUUACAAGGAACUAUCGUGGAGUUGCUCAUAGUAACACUUGAGCAAUUUGCAGCUAAUUUGUAAUAGUCAGGACUUUAGCAGCCGCCCUCACCUCGCCCUUAUGUAUCAGGCUAUCAGCUUGCUUGCAAUGCAAUACGAGGAGGAGCAGAGCAGGUCUCUCCAUGGAUGCGAGCCAGGAUGUGUGGGACUGGGACUGGGAGGUGGUCAUGCCAGAUCACAGGAGCUUCUCCACGAGCCAUGGCAGCAAGAAUCUUGAUGGUAAGGAGCUUCUCCCUGAUCCAUGGCGGCAAGAAUCUUGAUGAUAAAGAAACAGAGGAGCAUUAUCUGCUGCCACCGUCAGGAGACGUUGACGUGCACGACGACUGCAAGGGCAUCGGCGUCGUGCUGGAUGAGACCUGCAAAUCCGCCGUGCCUAGUGUUGCCGAUCCGAUUAUGGCUUCUGAGGGUGGCAAGGAAGAGAAGGCGAUCCAGAGCCCUGAUGCCGAGGAGUCCGUCACCACCGACAGCAACUUUGCUCAAGAAGAGGAGGAGGAGGAAGAAGAUAUCAAGAAGGACGGCAACGAUAAGGUUGGAGCCCUGAUCGGCGCGCUGUGCUCGUUUGGGGUCGCAGCCGCCACCGCCUGCGUCUUUCUCAUCGGCGGCAGGCUGCAUCAUCACCACAUGCAGCAGCACAAAAUUCAGCUGCAGUUCUUCGGCGAUGAUAAGAGCAUCCAGCAAGUUGUGCGCCAGACGUCAAGGCUGAACCAGAAGGCCAUGUCGUUUGCGAUGGGGGCAGGAGCGUCACGACAUUUUGGAAGGGCACGUGUAAAACGUAGCAAAAACAUUAAUUACUAAUAUGUAUAUAUAUGUAAUAUGUAUAUAUAUAUAUACACAUAAUAAUAUAUAUGUUGUUCGUCACCCUAAG